GGCUUCCUCUGCUGCAGGAUCGGACAAGUUCAGUUCAGUCUGCACACUCUCUAGCGGUUGAUCUCUGUGUUGUAAACUCAGCAGUGUGAUCAUGUUGGCAUCACGGGCACUCCUCGCCAAGCAGGCCGCAGCCAUGCUGGUGCGCCAACCCGCCUGCCUGAUGCAUCAUGGGGGAGACUGGGGCAACUGGGGCAACACCAACAUCGCUGUGGUUUUCUCAGGCUGCGGAUGGUGGGAUGGAACUGACAUCCAUGAGGCUGCGUACACCAUGUACCACUUGAGCCGUGCAAGCUGAAUAAUGAUGUGGAAAGAAUUAUGAAGGAAUUCCACCGCUCUCGCAAGCCCAUUGGUCUGUCCAGUAUGGCUCCUCUCCUGGCGUGCCGAGUGCUGCCCAAUCUGGAAGUCACGAUGGGUUACGAGCGUGACGAGAGCAGCCGCUGGGGCCGCUGGCCCAACACCACCAUGGUGCAGGCGGUCAAGAGCAUGGGGGCCCGUCACAACACCCGUGAACCUUACGAGGCCUAUGUGGACGAGAAAAACAAGGUGAUCAGCACUCCAACCUUCAUGUGGGAGACUGACUAUCACUACCAUUACAUCUUCGAUGGCAUCGGGAACAUGGUCAAGCACGUCAUGCGUAUGACUGCCAAGUGAUUCCCGUGAGAUGCAAGCAAGACACCUGAAGGCUUUCACACUUAACUUUAGGUUGACCCGAAUCCGCUAUUAUGUGGACAUACAGAGAGUAAAUAAAGAAAAGCAUACAGUGCAA